GCAUCAGACCCUCUCAGCCUCGUUAUCAAUCCCAAUCAAUCCCAAUCAGCCCAAUUAGAUCAAUAAUCGAUCACCAUGAAAUUCACUGUCGCCGGAGUUCUUGCCCUCGCCAGCCUGGCCCUCGCCAUGCCUGCCCCUGAGGCAGCCGCCGUCGCGGAGGCAGAGGCCCUCGAGGCCCCUGUCCCCGUCGACAUCUCCCCUGAAGCUUUGGGCCUUGAAAAGCGCGCCAAUACUGUGUGCAAGAUCGUCAACUCGAGUUCCUCCAAGGUCAACUGCCGCACCGGACCGGGCUUUGACUAUCCAGCCUCGUACUCUGUGAUCCCCGGCAAGUACUACGAGUUUAGGUGCUACAAGUCUGGAGACUGCUAUAACGGCAACUGCACCUGGCAGCGUAUUAACUGGGAUGGCAAGACCUGCUAUGUCAAUGGCUACUACACUGAUAGCAAAUGCACUGUUGCUGCUCUUGGAAAGUGCUAGAGUCAAUGUUUUCGGUCAUGCCACGACCACGGCGUUAUGGCAGUCUGAAUAUCUAGGGGUCAAUAUAGUCGGUUUAAGGGAGGGAUAACAUAUUGGGAUAGACGGUCCAGUGCCAGUACAUAAUGCA